AUUUUAUUUCAAUCUCGAUCGCGGGAUUUGCCGUGGCCUAAUGCGCAACUUACAUCCAACUUACAUCCUCUUGCAAGGGGUUGUCCUCUUCCUGCUCUUCCCGCUCUUCCUGCUCCUCCUUCCUCCUCGAUUCCACUGAUACCUGCACUCGCGAUGGCGGUCACGAUGCUCAUUCAGUAUAGAGCGGACAAGGCUCGUCUGUUCAAUAUAUACCAAGAGGACGCGGAACGGUACCUAGCGGGCUUUCUUGGAGACGACUUGCGGACGUUGGGGCUGCCGAUGCCACACGAAUGUGUCUUCAAGUCGUGGCGCACAGGAUUUGUCCUGUGCAAUUGGGACGCGGCGGAUGGCAGCUCGUUGCACCGGCAGCUCAUCGCUGCCUUCCAAGACAUUCGCAGAUCCACGAGGUCGUUUCCGGAUCUGUUCAUUGGGAGGAUCGAACUACAUGACGGCGGAUCGCGGACGGUCGCCUCCGCGCCCUUCGCUUAUAAAAGACAGAAAAAGGCAUCUGCGCACACACGCGAUGUGCCUGCCCCAGGCCCCGGCAAGGCCCCCACCGCGCCCAAGUCGACGCUCCUCGCGAGACAUGCGAGUUCGCCGCUGGCGCGACCAAUGGCACCGUCACACCAGUGUAGGUUCCGUGCCUAUUCUCUGAAUAGGUUCCACGGCGAGGCUGACAGCUCCACAGAUGAACGUUCCGCCGCUCCCAAGGAAACACCUUCGUCGACAGGCCUGCGUCCGGGUACCGCAGCGUUCAGUGCCCCAGCAUCCGGCGUGGGGUUCGCCCCUGAAGGACCGUCGCAGGAGUCUCCUCGACGCGGCCUCUUCCCUCCUCCCAGCGCCUCGUACGCUCCGUCGCCCUCGCGCGCGAGCCACGGGUCCUCUGCGUCGUCGAUGUUCUCGGCCAGGAGCUCGGCGACGAGCAUGUCCAGCAUCAGCACGACGGCGUCGGACGUGGGUACGCUGAUGCGCGAGGUGUGGGACGUGCCGGCGCUGGUGCAGCGGCUGGAGCAGGGAAACGCGCGCCCGGGAGAGGUGCCUCUGCGUGCGCGGGAGCGGCCAUGGACUUCGGAAGGACGUGGAAUGCUCUGUGCACAUCCUAGGGUAUAG